CUGACGUGACAAAAGGUGUGUAAACGUGUAAAGACUGAAAAACAGUGGAGUUAUUCCGCCAAGGUGGGGCAGAGUCAGGUGAUCAUCGGGAGCUAGCUUUACGCACUGACACGGACAAUGGCAUUCUGGGAGCACUGUGCAGGGAGAAGGCGUGCUUUCUUUGACUCAUAAGGGUUGUUUAGAUGAUUAUAAGGCUUGAGUGUUAAGUGUAUUUUGUGGGUUUAGUUGUUUAGGAAGUGAUACCCGUUGGAGGAAGCCCCUCGGAUGGUCUGUGGGAGGGGCGACACCAGCCCGACCGCAGUCACUCAGUCAGUCAGUCGUUAGGUGCUGAAGCUGACCGGAGCAUCCUCAUCUUUCCUCAUCCUCCUUUAUCUGAUUUUUUUUUGGGAUUAUCUUUAUCGGAUGCUCCUCUGCCCCGCGAACAGCCCCUGCUUUGGCUGAUGGAAAAAGACAUCCGGAAAAAUGUGCGCGAAUGUGUUCGGAGUUUUGAAAAGCCUGUUUGGGAAGCCCUUUGAUGGAGGGAAGAGGAUGGACCAUGGAGUCCCACAGCAGCAGCAUCCGAUGGAGCAGCAGCAGCAGCCGUAUCACCCGCAGCACCCCGCCAUGAUGCGGCUCUACGAGGUGCAGAAACAGGUGGAGUCUCUCGGGCCGCAGGUGUGCACGUUCAGCGGCAUGCAGAGCGACCGCGACUACAAGCGUUUGGAGCGCGAGCUGACGCGGCUGCUGCUGGACGUGGACCAGGUGGACACGGAGGGCAAGCCGGAGCUGCAGGGGGCCAGAAAGAGAGCGGCGCAGGAGGUGGAGGGCCUCCUACGCUACCUGGAGGAGAACGCCACGCACCCGUCGCGUCUGGCCAUCGAGGAGCUGAGCGACAAGGCGCGGCAGCUGAUCGACGAGCGGGUGGUGGUGCCUCAGCGUUCGGGCGGGGUGACCGAGAUAGGCGACGACCUGGUGGACACCCUGCAGGAGCUCGUGCUGAGGCUCACCCAGGUCAAGACCGAAGGGAGGGUGCCGCUCCGCAAGGCGCGCUACCGGGCACUGACGCGCCUCUGCGCCGUGCAGGAUGUCCUCGAGGGCCGCACGCAGCAGCAGACCCUCUCCCUGCCGCUGUCGGGGGAAACCCACGAGUCGGUGAGCCGCAUCAACCAGGUGAUGGUGAAGGUGAGCGUGGCGCGCAGUCAGCUGGUGGCUCUGCUGAUGGGGCUGAGCGGCAGGGACAGCUGCGCCCACCUGUCCCGGAUCCUGACGGAGAUGCAGGUGGAGCUGGACGCCUUGGAUGUUUCCGGGAACGCGGCGAUCAGAAAUUACAGGAAACAGGUGGUGGAGGAGAUUAACGGGCUGCUGAAACAUCUGGACCUGGAGGGAGAGGGAGAGGACACACGCAGGUACGACUUGGCUCAGAACAACUCCAUCCGUGAGAUCGAGGCGGUGAGAGCUCACGUCUCCCACCUGCGAGAGGGCGUCCUGCGGCACUGCUACAUGGGAGACCUGAGCUUCAGACCCAAAGCCGAGCUGCAGAGCCUCCUCACUCACCUGGACCAGGUGGACACGGCUAAGAACCCUUGCAUCAGAGAGGCACGCCGCCGCGCCGUGGUCGAGGUCCAAGCCAUCGUCACCUUCCUAGACCUCCGCGAGGCUCUGGUCUGCCGCCAAACGGGUCCCAGCGAGCAUCCGUCGCACCGGUCCGUGUGGCUGGUCCUGGGCAGCCUGUCGGACCUCCAGGCGCAGGUGCUGGGCUUCGAUGGAAAGCGUGCCGACAAGAGCUACAUGAUGCUGGAGGAGCUGCUGACCAAACAGCUGCUGGCGCUGGACGCUGUGGACCCGCAGGGCGACGAGAGCACCAAGAUGGCGAGGAAGCAGGCGGUGAAGUUUGCCCAGAACAUUCUCAACUACCUGGACAUGAAGACGGACGAGUGGGAGUACUGAUCCGUGAGAAAAAAACUUUGAUGGGAGACGUCGCUGCAGGAGUGGAAAGGUGGUCGAUGAUAAUGUCUGUAAAUUCAAAAAAAAAAAAAAUUAAAAACUGGCACGUUAUCAUUCCAUGGGUUGUAAAUAUUGACUCAAAUCCCCAGAAUGCACUGCAGCAGCGCUUUUAUUUAGUUGUGGUAGUUGUGGCCGAUCCUGCAGAGAAGUCAACAACACAGAACUCCUUUUGUGGAACACAGUUGGAAUUAUUUUUGGGUGCUCUUUUUGAAAAUUUUCUUUUCAAAUCCCACAUUUGUGUGUGUGUGUGUGUGUGCGUGUGCGUGUGUGUGUGUGCGGUCGUUUGUUUGUGCGUGUGAGAUGUCGUCGGUUGUCGUCAUGUUUGGUGUGCGUGGUCGUUGAAGCCUGCUGCUGCCAAAACACUAAAUAAUGCCUGUUUUAGUGUUUGUUUUCUCCAGACUGCACUUGAUAUCGACAAAUCCCCCCGAGUGUGAUGGAGUGCUUCACAGUUGCUUCCCCCCCCCCCUUCCCCCCCCCUGUCUGGCCCAAUUGAACCAGUCGAUGGUAGAGUAGCAGAUGCAUGUGUUAAAUACAGUGACCUAAUUAAGAAGAGUCCAGUACUACCACGAGACCCGGGUUCAGCCCUGUUGGUUCAGUGCAGAUUUCGGCCCUAAAAACAUCAAAAAUCUGGAUUAUUUUUCCUUUAAUUCGACACCUCUUGAAUUGAAAUCAAAAUAAGUUUCAUGUCUAUUUGAUAGCAUGAACAAAACUUAAAUUUGAAUUUAAUUAAAUUUGCCGUUAAAUGUGCUUUUGCACCAUCGCUAAAGGUUUUUGGGGCCUUUCAGAAGCUGAAUGUGAGGUGACAAAUCAGGCGGUUUUCCCGCUGCUGUUGCCUGCAGGUAAUCUGUGUUUAAACAGAUGUAAUUAGAGGGAGAACUGUGGGAGUUUGCAGCUUUGGCGUGAGGUCACUCGCCACUCCUGUGCGACCCUGUUUAUCCCCCUCAGCAUUUGGUCCGCGUCUCUGGUCGCGCUCCAGUUCACACAGACGUGGCACACUCUCCAAAAAAACCCUGCAAACCGCAGCUGUCGCGGGUCAGCCGGUCAAAUAUCAGCAGAAAACAUGAGAUCAUAUCAGCGUCAGUGAAGUUUAAUGUUGUGAGGCAGCCUGUCAGCUGUGAGAAAGUUGUUUGAGCGAGAGCAGGAUGUUUGAAAGAUCAAAGUACCUUCCCCUCUUUGCUGCCUGUGUAGCUGUUAGUCUGUAAUGUGCUUCAAAUGUUUGUUGUGAUUUUGUGUGAUCGCGUAAGGCUAUAAAUGGAUCAGGUUUUAAUUCAGAGACGGAGGAGAGUAGGAUUUUUUAUUUUUAUUAUUUUUUUGCUACUGCUGCUGCUGCUUUUUGUUUCUACCCACUGCUUUCUACUAAGUGUGACUGUGCGAGGUCCCUGGAGAGAGAGAGAGGAAGAGGAAAGGAGGCAGCGAUAUCCUCUGGAUUGACACAUCAAGGAUGAAGAUAACGGGGCCAACAGUUGCGUCCUGUGCGGUGGAGAGUUUUGACGGUGAUCAAGGCCGACGGAGCCUUCUAGAAGCUGCUCGAGACAGUGGGAGGGAGGGGAGGGAGGGUAAGGACUGGGAGAGAAGUCCAAAUCUCUUGUGCCUUUAUUUUCACCCUUCCCUUUGAGCCGGUUUGUUGUCGUGCAGCGACUGAAGAAGGAGCGAAGCAGCUCCGUUCUUUUUGUAUUCAUACUAAAGCACCGAAUGUGUUUAAGGAGAGAGCACCUUGGCCACUGUCGCCAACGAGGAAUUUGCACUACCUGUCAGAAAAUUUCAUGUCAGUAUUUAAUCCCCCCCGAUGAGGACUAGAGGUGGUGGAGUUCUGGUCAAUAAAUUGCAGUAUCACAGAAGGAUAAUAAUACUUUGUGCUGCAGGCAAUAAAAAUGAGUCACAUUGUGCUUUCACACUGCAAACAGCAGAGCUGAUGGGGAUCUUGCUCCAAAAAAGCAAUUUGGCAACAGAAGCCCAAAUUUCAAAGGACAAGGCUGAAUAAUUAGCAUUACUAAGUUACAUCACAGCUUCCUGCUGACCUGUGAUAAUGAAUACGUUCAGUUCUGAGAUGAUCGUUUCUGCAGAACAUAUUAAAUUUCAGAGCUCAAACAUGACCUCGGAGUCAGCGGCUGAGAAAACAAUUACAGCUCAUCUCAGUUGUUUUGAAGCGUUCGAUCAUAGCGCUCGGUCUGUGUCAGGAAGGUGGACUUUUUCCUUUAACUUAAUUUCUUGCAGAGCACUUUAAAAUCUUAAAUAACAAUAAAUAAUAAACAUGUCAGGCGGCAUGUUGUUUAAGUUUCUCUCCCCUACAUUUAGGGCUAGACGAGCAGCAUUCAGUCAUUUCAUAUUGUGUGACUGAGUGCUGUCAGACGGGGCCCCCUUAGGGAGGUUUCUAAUUAUCAUGGCAAACUUUGCAGAACUUCAGCAACUGCUUUGGUUUAAAGUUUGUCAACUGAUGUUCACAAGGUCAAAAACAAACAUUUAAUUUGAUAUUCAAGCAAACAGAAUUCCUUAAAGUGCAGGAAAAGAAUGGAAAGUCUUCAUCUUUUCUGAUGGCCAGUUAGCAGCUAACGAUUUAAAAAACUAGCUGAAGCCAAACGACCUCACCCCACUGACCCCUCUCUUGAUUUUCCAUCAGCUCCUUUUUUUUGACCUUUUUGCAGUGUGAACGCCAAACUAAAGUGUCAUGUAUUGAUCGUUACAAAGUUGACAUUUCAUUCGUUUGCUCGUCCCGGCUGCUUUGACAGUUCCGUGUGUCACUGCUUUUUUUUUUUUGGAAACACAAAAAAAAAAAAAAACACAAUGCAGUGAACUCCCACAUGCCGCGUACAUUGAGCUGCUGCUGGAGGCAUUUUUCUGGCUGGUAGCCUGCAGCUCGGCCUCCUGGGUAUGGAGCUGACUCAUGUGGGAGAAGAUUAGAUUAAACAGUGUUCAUUAAACAUUGUCAGCCGGCCUGGCUGCUGUUGCAACAGAUGCUUUCUCACAGCGAAACCUUAUGCUCUCUCGUAGACCAAACCCACCCGGACACACCUUAAGUUCACAUGCUCUUUUUUGUAUGCAGUAUUAUAUAAAUAAAUAAAUAAUGUACAUUGGAUUCUAGCGGUUCAAGGCAUUUCUGUACAUUUCUUAUUCUUUUUUGGGAUAUUUUAUCAAAGAUUUUACAUUAUAUAAAGACAUGUUACUUCUGUUUCAUUGUUAGAGGUGUCUUAAAGCUUUUUUUUAUUCAGUGUUAUCGACAGAUUCAUGAGUGGACGUUCUGGAAACCUAACAGAUUUAUUCUCUGUGGUUUAAAGGUCACAUACAAAGUACUCUUCACCAUGUUCCUCUAACUCUAACAUGUGUCUCUAGUCCGUCUACAAACCCCCCAAUUAUGAGAAAAGUCCAUCCUCUCCAUCUUUUGCCUGCUCCACUUUUCAGAAAAUGUGUGCUCAAACAGGCCGUUUGGAGAUUUUCCCUUCAUGACAUCACAAAGGGCAGUAGCCCCUCCCCCAGGUGGGUGACACUCCCACAGCUAGGUGUUUGUUCUGAACCUCUGAGUCUGCCUUCUCAACGUAAACAGUAGGACAUGGAGCGAGAAAGACCGAGUACACCCAAGCCCUUCCAGAGAGGGGGCGUGGUCAGACACAGCUCAUUUACAUAUUUAAAGGUACAGACACAGAAACAGCCUGUUCUGAGCAGGGCUGAAAUAGAGGGGUUUAUAGACAUGAUCAAAUACAGGAUCAGAGUGGAUUUAGAACAAGAAACUCCACACACAUGUUUUGAGGAGCUCUGAGACUUAUUUACACUGGUUGAAGAGGAGGAGGAUAUGUGACCUUUAAACUUUAAAAGAAGGAAGGCAGUGAAGUGAAGCACUGUUUUUUAAAAAUGUUUUUCUGAAAAUAUUUUUGUUUGAAUCUUUGCCAGCGAGCUGAUGCAAGAACAAGUUUUAAAAGUCCCACAUUUGACCAGUGCAGCUUUUAAUCUGUGCUGUGUUCAAACCCCUCACCUAAAGUAGAAUCACAAACAAAUGUUGACUUCUGAAUUAAAGGGUCUGAAUUGAUUGCAGUAUUUAAAUGAUUUUUUUUGUGGCUGUAUAUACAAAGAAAGAGAACUGAUUUUCUAAUCCUGAAAGAAUUCAAACGUGUUUUUUAUGAUUACUAAAAGUCCCUGCAUGAGUGUGAAAGUUUGUCACAUAACCUCCACUCUGGAUUUUGAGAGUGGAGUAAAUUCUCUAAAAAGCACAAUCCAGGCUUGUCUCCUCGACGGUUAGUGCGUCCAAAUUUAACAACAACUCUGUUAUUUAACAGAGGGUUAAAACACGUUGGUACCAACUGACCGUACGGCUCCACUGUUUCAGGCGAGGACGCUGGGGACCGCGCCAGAGCACUCAACUCGACACUUGACGGGUGUAUACUCACUGAAAACUGGGCUUGUCUAGAUUUUCUCCUGGACCUCUACACCCACUUUUGAUAGCAAAGUUUUCGCUUUAGGUGACAUAGCCUCAAUGAAUGCACCUGAUUGGAUAAACAUGCAGCUAGUCCUUGACUCAUUUGCAUAGAAUAAAAUAGAGCUCUGGUCGCCGCAACAAUCCCAAUAUGCACUGCGUGACUGCGUCUCCAGCUCUCCAUAGGAAAUGAAAAGAAAGCAUUGAGACGCGGCCCGUCUCUGGAACGAACGGACUGAAAACUUCCCCGUAGCGUGCUGCAGUAAGAAGCCUUUCUUGCCCUCCAGGUGGGCUGCUCUGUAAGUGUGUGACGUCUUGAAUAAAAGUCCAAAAAUAUCCGCUUUAAACCCGAUUCUAUCCAACAUGACCUUAUUGGGGACGUGCUUCUAAAAACGCUAAAUUCAGAUGAUUUCCAUCCUCUAAACCAAAUUUAAAUUUAGUGUUUAAUAUGUUGACGCACGUAGACAUCUUCAUUGUGACUACAUUGAUUUGUUUUGUAAUCUUUUUUGGAGAAAAUGGAGCUCUAUGUCACAAAAAUAAGAUACUAUAUCAUGCUUUGAAUCACACACAAUACUUAUUAACAGGAUGAAGGAAGUGUUUGUUGUUUUUUCGACUAAAUAUGUUGACAGAAAAUGUUUUUAUUUUAGUCCCUUAAAGACUGAGAAAGCUCCAAAACUUGUCCUAACAUUUUGAAAGGGUUAGAAAGUGGCAUGGACUUGGUUUGAAAUCUAAUUAAAAUGAGAGCACACGAGGUUGUAAUAAUGAUGCAAAUUUAAAAAUCAGCAGCACAUAACAUAACUGGAUAAUAGGUUCUAAAAUGUUGUGAAAAUGAAAUCUCUACUGAUUCAAAUGUUCCAAUCAAAAGCCCCUCACACUGCACUUACAUAAUCUCCUCCUGUAGUCACCGUCUUCCUCACAAAGAUGUUCUCUAUCCCCCCCAACGCGCAGCACAGCCGCUAAAAGCAGCUCAGGGUCGUCUCGAAUAUCUGAACUUGGUGGCACUGGAGUGCAUUAGUGGAGAGUUUUAAAAGAUUCAGACGGUCCAGCGGGGAUUGAAAGGCUUCUUCUGUUUGUCGUCCAUCAGCCCCCCUUUAGAGGACGAUGCGUGCACACCGGACAACAGAUGGAGCGAGCGUCCUGCAGGUUUUUCAUGUGUGAAGAUUUUUAUUUUCUUCCCCUUGAAUGAAUGUAGUCGGUGAAGAAUGUUUGUGUUUCUUUGCCUUUCAUUGCACCCAAGUGUAUUUCAACAGGGAGACAUUAAGAUUUAAGAAAACAACACGAGUCUCACAGAUAUUCAGUAUUUUCACCUUUAAAGCUCCUGUGAGGAACUUUUGCUAAUUUUGGCGACCCCUGUGGACAAAUCCUGAUUUUGUCCGGUUCAUGUUAAGGUAGCAUUUUUAAAACAGAGUUCUCAUGCUGCUUUCUUUCUAAAGUUGUGUCAUUUUUGCCUUUUAUUGGAUAGGACAGCUGACGAGAGACAGGAAGUGUUUGGAGGAGAGAGUAGGGGGGGACGAGAUGCAGCAAAGGGCAGAGGUCAGAUUUGAACCCAAAGCCGCAUAACCGCUAUCAGCGCUCCCAUGCUGCUUUAUUUUAUCAGUCAUAUUUACUACCCCUCGAGAGUCUUUGCCUGGGAAAAUGUAAAAAACGCUCCGUCUGACACCUACCCCCCCCCCCCCCCCCCCAACAGCUGAUUGGGCAUCAAAAAAGACGACAUAGAAAUAAUCAAUCUUGUAGCUGAUUGUCUCUCUAGUUUUUUCAGGACAUGUUGAGGCAUCAGUAUUAAUUUUAGUCUGUUUCUAAAAACUCCUCGUAGUAGCUUUAAAUGUCUCGGGGACAUAAAAGGAAAAGGAGGAAGAUGGAGUUGAACAAAACUUUGCUGACUUUGCAGUAUUUAGAGAACAACUAAGAACCGUCUGAGAAACAUGUCUGAGUCUAAAAUCCAAACCUGUUUACUGACAAAUUCCAAAAGUCUGAUACGACUGAAAACUGAACCUGUGCACACCGAAACGCCCAUGCAGGCUCCAGCUGAUCAGCAAAACAAAAACCCCAAACCCUAAGCCCCCUUUUCCAGUAAAUUCCAGGAAAGUCUGCCCCUGAAAUCUUCCUGAGUUGCUCUUUCCUACAUGUCACUCACAGCAGGAGAUUUUCCCCGACAGUUAGCAAAUCAUGACUUAAAAAGGACACAGCUGAAGUGAGUUGUGUUGUCACAGAUCCAAGAUGGCAGACGAAGAGAAGCUACAGAGUGUGACACUAAGAUGACAGUUUUUGAAGUUAUAUCUGCUGGUGCAGUUAGAAAUAGUCCCAAUAUAAAAAAGGAAGAGUGGAAAAGAACAAGGAGUCCAAAGAGGCGUCAUCACGUACACAAAGAUCGAACAACAGUCACAGGAUAUUAAAGAUCGCCUCUCCUGCCGACUCGCUCGCGGUGAACUUUCUUGAAUUAUAUUUUUUCUUCUGCGUUCACACCUCGGCUCACCUGACUUCUUUCCAAAAUUUCACUGAGGGGCCGACAGGGAAGAGUCUGGAUAAAGUCAGGGUGCAAAAGUCAGCUGUUUGCGUUCACACAUGCAGCUCAGCUUUGGGAAAUUUUCAAGAGUUUUUGUGUGAAAAGAGCAAAAAGAAAAACGAGGCAAGCUGUCCCCUGCUGUUUCCAGUCUUUGUGCUAAGCUCGGUCAGCUUAGCUGCUUGUGAUAGCUUCGUAUUUGACUCACAGAAACCACAGGUAGCAAUGAUCUCUUCUAACAAUCAGCAAGGAGAGGCAUAUUUUCCAAAAUGUCAUGGUGUAAUAAGUCUGUCCUAAAAAACUUGCAUAGAUAAAGAUACAAAAACUCAGCAGGUGUAACAUCCCGUUCAAACCCUCAGUACGACUUCAGAUAAAGUUAGAUUUAUUAAACAUGCAGGUUUAUUAAGAAGAAGGAGAUGCUGCAAAUGUCUGACAGAAGUGAAAGAUAUUCCUUUUUAAACUUUGGGGGGGAAAGCGUUUCACUUGAGCGCACUUUUUGUGUUCUUCGGUCUCCGUUUGUUCCCACUGCUUUGCCUUUCUUUCUGCAAAUAACAGGAAUGUGUUCUGUGAUGACAAAAAAGGUUUCUGCAUUGCUAUUCCUUUUCCAAAUAUGUUUUCUGAAGUCGCCUUUAACUGCAUUGAUUGUGACAGACUUUUUUGCUGUUUCUCCUCUGAGACGCGCUUGUACAAAAAGCACACAAAGACUGGAAAAAAAAAAAUCUGUGUGAAUGCUCAAUGGAUGGUUGUGUUUUGAAUUUGUAUUCCCACUGCAAAAUAAAAAGACAGUGUGUCUUGAACACUU